AAACGCUUGACAAUUGAGAACAUAUUGGAGAAGGAAGCGUUCCUGUUCGAGAUUAAAACCUGAAAACGAUGGUUGAAGGUGAACUGUUACUUAUUUAACUCAAGGUAAGCAAAGUCAUUAUUUUUAUUCAAGUUAUUCGACUUUCUUGUUUAAAUUUAGCAUCUUGUACUCCUAGUAACCGCACUUAUAGACUGAUAUAAUAAUUAUAGUAAACGAUUUCACCAAACUUCAACACACAAAGUAAUGUAUAAUCGAGUGUUGAUUAUCAUCUGGAUAUCAAGAAAUUGUUCUCACAAGACCGGAGUGACUAGGAACUGGACGAAAUCUCGUUCUUUUCCAUUCAUUCACACGGGAAUUCGUGCUUGUUUUUGUCAUGUUUCGUGUGUCCUCUGUGAACUCGUGCGGCGCAUUCGAACAAAUUUGGCUACGGUUCUGAAUUUGUCCGUUUCCGCGAGAACGAAGCCUCGAAACAUAAAGAAAUAUAUGUUAUGUAACUUUAAUCCCACAUUAUAACAAGGCGUAUUUAAAAUAGAUAUACAUUAUGCAUUAUUAAUAAAUCACCUGCCACUGGAAAGUAGCUGUAGACGCUUACACAGGACAGAGAUUGACAUUAUCGCACCUGAACUAAACCAUGUAAGGCUGUAUGUAAUAACGAAACUGCAUGAACUUAGGAUUGAAGAUAUUGAUGUGUUGUUAUAUAAAAUCAACAUGUUUGAGAGAAACGUCAAUGUUUAAGAUAGUCUAUUAUUUAUCACUGUAAACACUGCCUCUAUGUUGCUAUAGAACAUUUACAUCAGUUUCUAGUCCUCUCAUGGGCGCUCCUUUCAGUUUCUGAGGCAGCAUUCCCAUGUGAUAGUAAUCCCAAGUGUUAAUUGUCCAGUGUUAGGUCGUUCCAGGGUCUCUCAGUAAGGCGCUGGGCUUACUCUCGCCUGGAAACACAGCACUUGAUAUUCACACGCAUUCUAUACCAAUACAACAUUGAACAGUCUGUACCAGUGUAGGUAGUGGCAAUAAUAAGAACGCUACUGAUUGAUAGGGUUAGGAGGACUUCUUUGUGUUUUUCCGGUAGUAAAAUCUCUGUCAAUCCGAAACUCGCCAUUAUAAAAAUAUAAUUUUAUAUCUUAAUGUCAAUACAAUACAAUCAUUACGCAUAUAUCUACAAUAAACAGAGGACACAAAUGUGACUGAGGAAAGGAACAGGACUUGCAUCUAAAUUGACACCUGACCCCAACAUAACUAGACUUUGCUGCCUGUUGCACACCGAGCCCAAUGACCUUUGAAUCGCCAGUACAAUAUAUUUAAUGUUCCAAAAAUAUAAUUCUAUAUCUUACGCCCGUAUUCUAAAAGCUCACUCACACUCGUCGAGUGGAGGUUCAAUCUGAGCUUCUCUUGAGUGUCAGUGCUGUUUUUAAAUAGCUGAAGGGUUAGUGUCAUACCUUACUAUGUGACCACUCACCCUCCAGCUAUUCAAAAACAGCACUGACACUCAAGAGAAGCUCAGACUGAACCUCCACUCAUUGAGUGUGAGCGUGAGUGAGCUUUUAGAAUACAUGUUCCAGUAGUGCAGGAAACCCACUUGUAUGCUGGCAGUACAGUGUAUUAAAAAGGUUCAAACUCCUGACGAAUGAAUAUAUGAUAAUUUGCAGUGUCAUCCAUCAUGGGUCACUCGGUGUCGAAAGGUCGUCGUGCGGCGCAGAAUGACAGCCUGGUACGUGAUGUAACGUACCUACGAGAACAAAUCAGCAAACACGAGAAAGCUUACGAGGAACUCCAGCUAGAACAUGAACAACUCAAGGACAAGGUCAACAAACAGGAUCAGGAAUUUGAAAAAGUCAAAGAAGAAAAUAUGCAUUUGAAAAAAGCUCUAAGUUUGGCGUCUGUCACUCUGGAGAGUGAAGUGGUGUCUCAAGGUAACUGUAAAAUCCCUUCUAAACUAAACUAAUUUUAUUUGUACCUGAUAGCUCUAUCAGUUCUGUUCUUCCUAGAGGUCCAGUAAGGAUCAUCUCAUUGAUCCAGUGUUACUACAGGAGGAAAUUUAUACUGUAUUGCAAUGGAUAGCUCUAUCAGUUCUAAACUGUAUUAUCCCUAGAGGUCCGGUGAGGAAUAUCUCUUACUAAUCCUAGUAUUACUACAGGAGGAAACUUAACUAAACUAACUAUAUGUACUGGAUUGCUUUAUCAGCAGUUCUAAACCUAGAGGUCCAGUAAGGACGAUCUCUUAAUAAUCGAGUGUUACCACAAAUGAAAAGCGGAGUAAACCUAAAAAGCUUUUUCGUUUGUUUAAUAAUGUAUGCCCACCUCGCCUAAGGUUUAAAUGUAGUUGGACUUAUCCCUAACUCAAAAGUGUUGGCCCCAUAUCAAUUCUUUCUUUUUUUCUUCAGCCGAGAUUAAACCGAAGAUAGACGAGACUUCUGACACAGAUUCUGGAGUGAAUGUGGAACAAAGCAGACAUUUGAAAGUUGGAGACAAAGUUCUAUCUCUUCAUAAGUCCUGGUCGUACUACACAGCUACCAUAGAUUCAUUUGAUGUCAAGACUUUGAUGUACACAGUGAACUGGGACGACGGUGAUCGUUCAGGAAGAGUUCAAAAAUAUUUCAACGUUGCUUUAAAUAGGACCCCUGGUGAAGAUGAGAUUGGCAUGGGGACGUUGGUUCUUUUUCCUCAGGUAGGGAGUGAAACGUUAACGAGUAUUGCUAGCUUUCCUGGGCAGCAGAUGACAGAAGAGACGGUUAACUCACUGACCCUAAAGCCUUGUGUAUUGUGUCUUGAUGUACUUGAGGGGUGAAUACCCUGCUCUAACCUGAUGUGCUUGAAAAGUGGUGAAGCCCUCACUACCCAUGCUUGCAUAAAGAUUCCACAAAUUUGCAGUUUAGCGGACGUUUUGGAACUGUGCAGUUUUUUUGAUACACGCUGUAUAUACCAAAACCCGGUAUAUAUGAUUAUGUAUAAACACGUUAUCACAGAUGAAACUACAUAACUCUUGUUACUCUAAAUAUUCCUCUCUAAUCAAAUACGUAAUAUAAUAUCGUAGCUCAGUUGGCAGAGCAUUGGACUAGUAUCCCAAAGGUCGAGGUUUCGAUUCCCACCGUGAUCAGGCUAACUUUUCAGCCUGCCCUAUGUGGAUAUACACUCAUAGUAACAUAAAAACAUCACAAUGUAAUAUGACCAUGUUAUAUAUAUAUCGACUCGCUCCUGUUUGAGCUGAAUCCCUCACCAUUCAAUUUUCAGCUGCAAGGGAAGAUGAUAUCUCACCUUUAUUUCCACCUCCAUACCUAAUACGUUUCUAUUAUCUUUUAGGGUCAAUAUGCCGGUACUGAGGGAAACAAUAGCGGAGGGAUCAGAUAUCACCAGGGUCGCAUUACCCGGGUGUAUAAAGGACGUAUAGGUAAAAAGCUCUAUGAUGGCGUGCAUACAAAAGGGGUUAAUGAUGGUAAAUGGGUGACAUUCCAGGGAUACAGCUAUGAAUUUAAGGGACUUAUGAGGAAAGACCUACGCGUGUCCCCUAAUAUCUUGGAUAUAUUGAAUGCCCAGGGGAUGCAUAUGGAUUCCAGUAGUGAAAUGGGUCACGAGGUGGCAACACCUGAUAAUGAUGAAUCUGCGUAUGAUGUAUUUAUAUCGUACAGUAAACUGAACAGUAACUUGGCUCUUGAGAAUGGCGAGGUUGGUGCUGGGGCUCUGGGGAAGAGUGUUGAGGAGCAGAAGGCAUUAAAUGGUCAAUCAUGCGAUCCACGUUGGAUCAAACAGCAGCUUGUGAAGCAAGGUCUGCGUGUCUGGAUGGAUGAAUCUCGACAACCAAUAGAACUGAAUAAAGUUGUGAAUGUAAUGAAGAGAUGCCAGAUCAUAAUCUCGUGUAUCAGUAAUGAAUAUGCCAACAGCGACAACACCAGAAUGGAACUGCAGUUUGCCAAGAAGACGAUCAAGAAAUCUAUCUUGCCCAUUGUGGUCGGAGGAGGCGAGUGGGAGUGGCAGUUGACAGUCGUGGGUCUGCUCAUUGCUGGAGAGUUAUACAUUGAUUUUACUGUAAGGACUUAAAGCAGGAGUUACACGAGCAACAAAAUUGCUGCAACUUGCAACAAAAUGUGAUUUCAACGCAUGUUAAGUAGAAAUGUUGACACAUGUUGCCUCGUGAUUUGUAAUGUAUGUGUGAACAUUUUCAAUCAACAUGCGUUGAAAUCAGAUUUUGUUGCGAGUUGCAGCAAUUUUUUUGUAUUACUCCACCUUUAGUUUACUUGAAAUCACAUUUGUGAAUACUAACAUUAUUUUCUUCCUAUCCUUUUUUCUGCCUAAACCUGUUGAUUUAAUCCCUGCACUUUUCUCUCUCUGUAGGAUUCAAGCAAGGCAACUGCGAAGAUGGAACAGUUGGUGGAAGCUUUAGCUAAAUAUGUACAUGUGCAAGAACGGUCAUUUCAAGAAUCACCCACGAAAUCGAUUGUGACGACCAAGGCACCUGAGGUGUUUAUCAGUUAUUGUUGGACGAACUCAAUGACGGCUUACGAAGCAAAGGAGGUGAAGCAGUAUGUUGGUAAGCAUUUCUUUGUUUCGGGUGUUGUGUACUCGGGUGAAUGAAGAUCGAUGUUUGUGAUGUUGCUCUGAGUGUGUCUACACCCCGGGCAGGCUGAAACCAAGAUCGCAAAAACACACUGAUAUCGAAGGAACCAGACUGAGUUCCGAAAUAUCACGCACUUGAACCGACUUCACCUCGUAGCUCAGUUGGUAGAGCAUUGGACCAGCAAACCAGAGGUCUCUGGUUCGAGUCCCACCGAGGUCAGGCAAACUUUUCAGCUUGCUCGGUGUGGACAUACUCAGAGACAACGUCACAAACGUAGAUUUCUUUUUCGUUUGCUCCUGAUUAUAUCGACUAUAUCAAGGUGAUCGAUAUAAUGGAGUGUUGAUAUAUGUCUACAAUCAGUUCAGACGGAUUUGCAUGCAAAAGAUAAGAUAGACUAUUUUACACUGGUGGUUGUGGCUAUCAGUCGCGACAUCCGCGGAUAGUCGAUGUCGAUGACUCGAUAUACCUCUGCGAUCAGCAAGGAUUGAUUUGCAUAUAGCACGCAAAAGACUAUCACCACCUGAGUGCAGGCUGCAACUUCAGCGAAACAGGAAACUCCCUGAUCCAGGGUAUAUAAGUGAAAAAGCAUUUUAUGUUAAUGCACUGAAUUAUUGAUUGAUUGAAUUACUGAAUUAUUAUUUUCUCUACAGGGAAUGGAUAUAAUGACCCACGGCGUAUAUACGCUGAUCUCGCAAAGAGAAAUAUAAAUGGAUGGAUAGACAUACAUCAAUUGACAAGUGCCGCGGCUGAGUCGAUUGGAAUGGUAGGUGUAUACAUGUCCCAUGAAAUUCAUUGAACUAUUAUUUUGUGAUAUUUUGACAUGUUAACCAGAAUGUUCCGAUCUUUUCUAGUUUGAGGUCAUUGCAAAAGGUCUGUCAAGUGCGAAACUUGUCUUGGUUUUUGUGAGCGACGAAUAUUCAGAGAGCGACAAUUGUCGCAUGGAGUUUCAGUUUGCCUUGAAAUCUCUUAAGAAGAAAGUCGUGCCAAUUAUUGUGGGGACUGGAGACAAAUGGAGCAACACAAUCAUAGGCAUGUUGGUCAGCGGUUGUGAUGUAGGUACAAUUGACAUGCGCGAGAUAGAGGAAGGUGGCUACGAGAGAAAAUUGGAAGAGGUGAUACAGUAUUGCAGUGUGGUGCAAGACGCAAGUUACCAAAGUAAGUGAUCGUUGCAUUUCUCAUGAUAUUAAAGACCUUACGAUUUUAGGACGGCAACGGCUACCAAUACAAUAGAUCAUUGAAAAGAAUUGAGUAAUUACAAUAUAUGAAUAAUUCAGACAUCUGUUUACGACGCCAAAUCACAGAUUUUCACGUCUUGAUACAACGGCUGCAUUCCAAGCCACAACAAGUGCAACUUCAAACUUGGUUUAGUAGAACUCUUCCCAACCACAAAACCCAUGUCUUCAACUUCUAUAAGAUUGUAUUAAAUUCAUACGAUUGAUAAUAUACGACGAACUUUCUUUACUACCAUUUAUUUGAAGGAGUUUUUUUGGCCGGCGCUGUCGCGUUGCCGUCCUAAAAUCGUAAGGUCUCUAUUGCCAUACAGAACGACCAGUGAAAAGAUAAUAGCGAGCUUCAGCAAGUCACGUUGUUGUCAGCACAGACGUCAGAUUGCCGAGGGGGAGGGGAGGGGGGUGUUAAAAACUGUGUUUGUAUGAGUUUGUGGUAAUCUUCAAUACAUAUGACAAAACAUAAGAUUUUUGAAGUUUUUGCUUUCUUACAUGACCGCUAUGUUGCAAAGUGCCGCCAAAAUGAGUUCUACCAAUUUUCAUUUACCCGUGUUGUAAAUGAAACACUGUGACAUAAUAUUCAACAUUUAAUGUAAAUGAUUCUACAUUCUCUUACGACUGUUUACAUUCAAUUUAAUGUAUGAACUAUAUCACGUAGUUCGAGCCAAAGAGUGUACAUACCCCUACCAUUGGUGAUAAAGUGAUUUGUCAUCAUUUCAAAUGGGCAUACUUGUUUUGUCCUCUUCUUGAACUGCGAUAUAACAUGCGAUGUUAUAUCAUUUAGCUCCAGCCAAAGAGCGUACCUACCCCUACCACUGUUGAUAGAGUGAUUUGUCAUGAUGUUACAUCUUUUAGCUCCAGGCAAAGAUUUUACCUACCCCUACCACUGUUGAUAAUAAGAUCUGUGUUCAUUUCAAAUGGGCGUACUUGUUUUGUCCCCUUCUUGAACUGCAAUAUAACAUGCGAUGUUAUAUCAUUUAGCUCCAGCCAAAGAGCGCACCUACCCCUACCACUGUUGAUAGAGUGAUUUGUCAUAGUUUUGUCCCCUUCUUGAACUGCAAUAUAACAUACGAUGUAUAACCUAUUAUAUCAUUUAGCUCCAGGCAAAGAACGUACAUACCGUGCCCCUACUAUUGGUGAUAAAGUGAUCAGUCAUCAUUUCAAAUGGUCGUACUUCCCAGCGACCAUUGUGGCGUUUGAUAAAACAACGUUUGAAUAUACAGUGGACUGGGACGAUGGUGACCCGAGUGGAAGACAUGAAUGUUAUAAGAAUGUUGCUCUGAAUUCAGUGCCUCGUUCUGAUGAGAUUGCUGUUGGAACGAUCGUAUUCUUUCCUCAGGUAUGAGUGUACUAUUCUAAACUAUGGGUGGGCCCGCCUUCGAACUUUGUGAUGAUCCAAUCGUGGGUUUCAAUAUAGUAAUCAAUAUAGACGAUUUAAUACUUUCUGUUGGUGAGAUUUGUUUGAGAACCAUUUUUGAUUUGGGCAUUUCUAGAUUUAUUAAAGUUAUGAGUGGGCCCAACAGAGGACCUUGAGGAACCCCAUUUAACGUUCUAUUGAUAUCAUGCCUUGUAUUGGCUAAUAAAAUAGCAACAACUGUUUCCCUUGUUAGACCUCUAUGAAGAAUAGUUGAGAACAGACAGAGCUAGCUAGUAGCACUGAUGGCCAAACUUCUCUGUAUGCCCCAAACUAAAUGCACCCUACUUUAAAUCAUCUCUUGUGUUUCUCAUCAUUCAGGGUUCAUACUCUGGUUCUGAAGGCAACAAUACUGGUGGUGUUCGCUAUCAUCAAGGAAAGGUCACAAAAGUCCACAAAAACAUCUCGGGAGAAACACUUUAUGAUGGCCAACAUACCAAGGGAGAAAGUGAUGGGAAGUGGAUCACAUAUAAAGGAUAUAACUAUCAGUUUUCUGGCAUGAGAUUGAGAGAUUUGAGGAUUGCUCCGAACGCCAUGGACGCUAUGAUGGCUAUAGAGAGACAGGCUGAACAAUCGUGA